CUCUCUCUUCGAGCGGGAAUCAAAUGUAAAGCCUUUCUCUUUCUAUAACCUCACCCUUCGCCAUAUAGUUAGAGAGAGAUUACAUAUAUACAACAAGCCUUACAUCCCUCAUCAUGCAGUUUCUGAUCUUUCACUUUCUCUUUCUCUCACUCUACCUCAGUCUGGGACUUCUUUCUUUACUUUCUUUUAGUCUAAUUUUUGGUACUCAAAGUCCCAAACUUUGCUUGUUUUCUUCCUUUUUCUUGUUUCUGGUCAAAGAGAUGAGUUUUUUAUACUGAUUUCUCUCUGGGGUACGUAACAUGGCCGUUGUUUUUGAAGGUUUUUCCAUCCGAGAGUAUGCUUCCAAAAUGAGAAGCAUCGACGUGGUGAAAUGUUGGCCCUUCAGUGGAGCUGCUUCUUCUUCUUCUUCUUCUUCUUCAGAUGAUGAUGAUGAUGAUGAUGAUGAUGGUAACAGGAAGAUAAGUAAACAAACCAUGGAAUCUUUUCUUCCUCCGAUCACAGUCACCAAAUUUCGCUGGUGGUCUGAAGAGCUUGAUCGUCUUAAAUCAACUGAAUUAGCUAAUAUACAAAGCAGCAGCAACCAAAGUGAUUUCUUGCAAGUAAAUCUUCAUGUUGGGGAGAAAUCCGAUGAAAGGCCAGACAUGUUGGAAUGUCCAGUUUGUGGGGCAUUUGCUGCUUCAACAGUGAAUGCGUUGAAUGCUCAUGUUGAUAGUUGCCUUGCUCAAGCAUCUAGAAAAGAGAGGCGCCAAAUGAGGAUGUCAAUUAAGGGUACAAAAUCAAGAACACCCAAGAAACGGUCCAUCACUGAGAUUUUUGCUGUGGCUCCUCAGAUCCACAAAGUUGAUGCUCUUGAUGACGAAAAUUUGUUGGAUGAAGAUGAAAAUGGCAGUUUAGAGGAGUUGAAUUGCAAGAUUGAGAAGCCAAAGAAGAAGAUGAAGAAAAAGAAGAAGAAGAAGAAGAAGAAAACGAAGAAGAAAGUGGAAAUAGUGAAUAAGUUUAUGAACAAAAGGAGGAAGUUGAAAACACAUAAGAAUAACAAGCAAGAUGAGCUGAUUGCUAACAAGGAAAAUGGUACCAAGCUGAAGCCACAAACUCCUGUCAAUUUCAAUAGAAAACUGAAUAAUACAUUGUGCAAUAGGGGCUCUAAUGCCAUUUCUAUUCUCGGAGAGAAACCAAGUCUCAAAUGCAUGUCUGCGAAGAAGAAAAGCAAGGUUGUUCAAGCAUCCAAACUAAUUGUAGAGCGUGAAAAGCCAAGUUCAUCUGUUCGUGGUAUUCUCAAGAACCCUGGUAACAGUAGUUCUGGACAAAAUUCAGCAAGGUGCAAUUUGAGGGCCACGACUCAAGCAAGCACCUGUGGCAUUCAACAUUCAGUCAGGCAUGUCAGUUUCUCAGGUAAGGAUGACAUACUUGGUCCGCAUAAGAAACAUGUUGCUUCACUCGAGAAAAACAUUUGCCAUGUUGAUUUGGAUUCAUUUGAGCUGUCAGAGAAAGGCCACCAGAAUGACACUGAUAAAGGAUUUCCAGCUAGACAGAUAAACACAAUUGAUGACGAGGAUGUUUCUUUUAGCACAGGAAAUGGGAUUGCGGUGCAAGCUAUGAAAGGGAAGCAACUGUUGCCUGAUAUUCAUUACAAUGUUGAUAUACCAAAAUUUCUCGGACCAUGUAUCUUGUCACAAGAAAAAGCAAAUCAAUUUUCAGAUCAAUCUUUGCCUCCAGGUGAAGUCGUAAUAGAUUCUGGUAAUUUGCAUAUGUCUAAUCAAGGUAAUCAAACUACAUUUUGUAGCCCUCCCUUUACUGUUGCUCCUAGACUCUUCUCUGCUGUAAAAGAGAUUCAGAAUCCUUUUGUCAACUCGGAAGUAUGUGGGGGUGUGUCAACAACUUUGAAUUCCAGUUCCCAGUUUGUUGAUUAUUUUGGAGAUCACAACCCAGAAGUUGCUAUAAGUUCUAAGGCUAAUCCGAGGGUGUCUUUGCAUCCGUCAUCAUCCGCUUUUGCUUUGAGUAAAAAUGUGAGUGAAACUGCCCCGUUUACAUCACAAUUUGCAUCAGGAAAUGUUUCAGGUCAUGCUUUGUCUCAUCAACCACUAUAUUGCCUGGCUCCUAAUGAACUGAGGGGGAGGCUAUGUCCCUUUCUGGAUUGCAAACAGAAGAAUGUUGCCAUAAGAGAGAAGUGCCGGGAUGAGGAUUUUUUCGGUUUGCCUCUUAAUUCACUAGGUGAACUAGUGCAGACCAAUUCAAAUGCAAAAGGAGGAUUUGACCAGCUAAAGAAACCAGGUCCGGGACCAGGUUCUUCCAAUAACGUUAACAAUCUUGUCUUUCCAAGGAGCACUGAUGAUCAUUCAAUCAUGAAAGGGAAGCAUUAUAUUGGAAGUGCACUUCCAAAUAAUCAGUUAAGUUUGUUUCCUGCACAGAAUCACAUGAAAGAGAAUGCCACUUUACAUUCAUCGGCUAGAUUAGGGGCUUCAGAAUUACAUGGUCAUAGAAAAUAUGGCUACUGUACAAAAUCUGAUAGGAGAUGCAACUGCUCCGACUGUUUGAUGGAUUCAGACAUAAAUCUGAUAAACAUCUCUUUCACUGGAUGUGGACAAUAUGACCAGUUUUGGAACCGAAAGGAAAAAGACAUAAGUCAUGCAAUGGAAAAUGCUGAGAAGAUGCUCCUGAAUAGCCCUACUCCAACAAUGAGGCUGAUGGGAAAAGAUGUUACAAUUUGUCAAAGUAGCAAUGAGAGACAAGGAUUAGCAGAUGCUCCUAAAAGUAUUGGCCUCCAAAAUUCAUGUGUCGAUAAACAUUUUCAACAAGAAUGGCUUCUGGAUCCAGCGCCAGGAAAGUGUAAAGAAACAUCUGUUCGACAAUUUGAAAUAGCGAGAAAUCAGGCCUUUCCUAGAAAUGUACUCAUCAAACCUCAUGAAUCUAAUUUCUUUCAGCCAGGCAUUAACUGGCAAGCAAAUCCAGAAUUCCAAAAUAGCAGCAGCAUUACAAUUGCUCGAGAUCCUAAUCCAAGCUCAUGCCAUUUUGCUCAUCCACACACUUCCCAUGCUAUUUAUGACAAUGGAGGUGACUUCCAGGAGCCUUUUAUAUCAAGAACCGAAACUUUAAGAGUUAGCUCUCUACUACCUGCAGUAUCUGCUUCGCACAGAAACUCUCAGAAUAUAAAUGGGAAUUCUGUUGAACUUGAAAGCAACUCGAAUCUACUGAAUGCUGGAAAAUCAUCUUUCAACUUUCCCUUUUUGCACCCAGAUAAUGUUGAACAUGUCCAACCAUCUUGGUGUCGGGAUUCCUCAAAGAGCCUGAUCCCAUGGUUGUUACAAGCAACACAGCAAGUGCAGGCACCUAGUACACCUUCUCAACUGUUUCCUGAUGUGGGUGGUAUAUGUCAUCCGCAUACUGCUCGAACUAGUUUUCUUAUCAACCGCAUGGUUCCUCAUUUUCCUAUAGUUUCUUAUGACCACAAUCCAAUGAUCCCUUACUCACACAUGGAAAGUUCCGUUGGGCAACCAUCUUUAGCUCACUCCCCACUCAUCCCAUCCCUCCCGGUAAUCAAACCAACAUCUAUUACCCUGAGCCAGAGGAACGGAAUCAAGUUUAAAGAUAGAAUGAAGUCAAAAUUUGUGAGCACUCGGGAUCCAGAUGUUUGCCAGAAUUCAAGGAAGAGACCUGCAGUUAAAGAAGAUUAUCUAAUGAAGCCCAUUAAGUUGCCUAAUCUUGGAAUUCGAGAUAAUUCAAGAGCUGAAACUCAGUUGACAAGAGAAAACUUCAAUGACAUUCAAUGUAACAUGGGGACACUAGAACUUGAACCUGAAAGGAAUGAAGAAAGCGUUGGAGGAUGGAUUCUAAACGAGUCUCAAUACGAUGGGCUUGGACUUUCAGCUGGAAUCGAUUCUUCCAAAGUUGAUGGAUAUGGUGUGACAAGAUUAGGUCCUAUUAAACUGAGUCCUGGGGUGAAGCACAUCCUGAAACCCAGCCAAAAGGUCGAUCAGGAUAACUCGAGGUUGAUCCAUUCGACUAUCCCUUUUGCAUCUGUGACCGAGUGUGGCAAAAUGUUGGAGACUCUUAAGAAAUCAACGAAGAUUUACAGGUUUUAGGAGUAAGUCAUAUCCUCCUGCAGGUAAUUUUCUGUUCCAGUUUUCGUCACCCAGUUUUACAAAUUAUGCACGUGAUUGUAAAGGACUGUCUACUAGCCCGGUUGGAUACAUGACUGUAUCUCACUGCUCUUUACUUUGCAAGUUCUAUGGAAUCCUGAAAAGAAUGAAGCUUAGUUUUCAUGCA